AAUGAAAAGGCAAUCUCCCAUUGAUGAAGUAUUGCCACUACCUCAUAAAAAGGUGAAACCACAAUCUCCCGUUGAUACACAGGAAGAUUAUGAAAUUCCACUUAGACAAAUUGGUGAAACUGAAUGGUUUGCUGUAGAUGAAUUUGAGGUGUUUCAAGUUCGUAAACUAGUUACAAAUUAA